GCCCAUCGGCGGCGGCGGUUUGGCGGGCUUUCCGAAGGCGUGCGCGUGCAGAGGCGAGGCCGGGGGGCGCGCUCGCGGGCGCGCGCAAUCAGGUCCGGUUUCUCGUCAAGGAGGCGGCGCCGGACCCCGGGCGGGGAGGAUGGCCAUGCAGAUGCAGAUGGAGACCGGCGCGGACACCUCAGUGGCGGAGGAAAACUUUGGCCCGCAGCCCAUAACCCGGCUGGAGCAAUGCGGCAUCAGCGCCAACGACGUGAAGAAGCUGGAGGAAGCCGGGUUUCACACGGUGGAGGCCGUGGCCUACGCCCCUAAGAAAGAGCUGAUCAACAUCAAGGGCAUCAGCGAAGCCAAAGCCGAUAAGAUCCUGACGGAGGCGGCUAAGCUCGUCCCGAUGGGCUUCACCACCGCCACCGAAUUCCACCAGCGGCGGUCGGAGAUCAUCCAGAUCACCACGGGCUCCAAAGAGCUGGACAAGCUGCUGCAAGGGGGCAUCGAGACGGGCUCCAUCACGGAAAUGUUCGGGGAGUUCCGGACCGGAAAGACCCAGAUCUGCCACACCCUGGCCGUGACCUGCCAGCUCCCUAUCGACCGGGGCGGCGGCGAGGGGAAGGCCAUGUACAUCGACACCGAGGGCACCUUCCGGCCCGAGCGGCUGCUGGCGGUGGCCGAGAGGUACGGCCUGUCGGGCAGCGACGUCCUAGACAACGUGGCGUACGCACGAGGGUUCAACACCGACCACCAGACCCAGCUCCUCUAUCAGGCCUCUGCUAUGAUGGUGGAGUCCAGGUAUGCCCUGCUCAUCGUGGACAGCGCCACCGCCCUCUACAGAACCGACUACUCGGGCCGUGGGGAGCUCUCCGCCCGGCAGAUGCACCUGGCCCGCUUCCUGCGGAUGCUGCUGCGGCUCGCAGACGAGUUUGGCGUGGCGGUGGUCAUCACCAACCAGGUGGUGGCCCAGGUCGACGGGGCCGCCAUGUUUGCCGCCGAUCCCAAAAAGCCCAUUGGAGGAAACAUCAUCGCUCACGCCUCGACGACCAGGCUGUACCUGAGGAAAGGGCGCGGAGAGACCAGGAUCUGCAAGAUCUACGACUCGCCCUGCUUGCCCGAGGCGGAAGCCAUGUUCGCCAUCAACGCCGACGGCGUGGGCGACGCCAAAGACUGAAGCCGGCCCCAGGCCUGGCUGGACCUUGCUGCCCAGGGGGCCGCCCGGAACAUUUCCCCCACCGAGGGCCGUGGAUUGGGCUCGCGGCACCAACUCGAGCCCACGUCUGGCCGAGGCCAGACUCCCCGACCCGCUCGGCUCCGUGAGUGCUGCUGCCCCUUGCGACGGGGGUGGGCGGCUGAGCGGGCCGGGGUCCGCCCCCACGUUCACACGGCUCUGUGGGUCCCGCGCGUUCUGUAGCCAUCGGCAAGCAGAGAAAUAAACAGCCUCCUUUCUGAGGCUCAGGGGAGGGC